GGAUUUAUGUGGGAUUUAUUACAAAAACGUGUAGCUGAAGCUGACUGCUAACAUCUGUUAUGUUUCUGUAUAAAUAAGAACUGUCUUCCUGCUUUUAAUUCACAUUAAAAUCCCAAUUUUCUCCCACAAAUUUCCUGAAAAUUUUGCAAAAAAAAAGUAUAUUCCUUUUUUUUUUCUUUGAAAAAAUGGUCAGACUUCACAUUUUCUUGGCCAUUUUUUCCAUCAUCUCCAUCCACGCUUCAUCAUCAUCACCAAUUCCUUCUACUGAAUCAACACUCCCUCUUUUUUCUAUCAGGAUUAAGCCUAAUCAGACUACUGCUUCAACAUGCACAUUUAGAGUUCGAAUUACAACAAGCUGCAGUUCUGUAUCAUACACUAGAGAUCAAAUUAGUCUUUCUUUUGGUGAUGCUUAUGGAAAUCAGGUGUAUGUGCCGAGGAUUGAUAAUCCAUCGGCUCGUGCUUUCGAGGCGUGCUCCACGGAUACAUAUGAUGUAAGCGGACCAUGUACAUAUGAUGUAUGCUAUGUGUACCUAUACCGGAGGGGACGUGAUGGCUGGAAGGUACAGAAUGUGCAAAUUUCCAGCCCUUAUAUAAGGACUGUGACUUUCAAAUACAACACAUGGAUACCAAACGAUGUUUGGUUCGGGUUCAACUAUUGCAAUGGAUCAUCCUCUCGAGGGUAUAAUAAACCUCAGUUAAGCACCCUUAUCAUGAUCAUAGCCCUGCUGUUUUUCGUGCUCGAAUGGUGCUUGUUUUGAAACUUUAGAAUUGAGUAUUAGAGCAGAAGGGCGUUCUUUUAUUGCCUUACGCUGCUAGUAAUUAAACCACAAAAUAGGAUAAUGUGGUUUGUGCUUUGUAUUUAUUUUUUCCUUUCACCCUACUAGGUUACAAGUGGUUCUACCCUAGAUUUUGACACCUUGUUCUUUCUAUAUAUGUCUACUUUGCUGCUAUAAAACUUUGUAAAUAAUUCUAAGAUCUGUCUUGGAGAAGGGUAUUUUUGGAGCUUAUGUAUUUUGUACUUGUUGGACAUGUAUAAUCGGUACUCUAUGUGUUAAUAUCUACCAAGUGUAGC